GGUGGUGGUGGUGGUGGUGGUGGUGGUGGUGGUGGUGGUGGUGGUGGUGGUGGUGGUGGUGGUGGUGGUGGUGGUGGAGCUUCAACUUUUAAUGGCGACCCAAACUGUGAAUCUCCUGCAGGGAGGGUGAUGUUUGAGGCCACUGCUAACGAACUGAGCAAUCAACCAGGAAGUUUUAAUUCCAGAGGCGAUGGAGUUGGAACUCACUUCGUGAACAAGGUGAUUGAGGGGUCUUCGAAUACUCUUUAG